AUGUCUCUCUCUCUGCCUCUCUCUAUCUAUCUAUCUGCCUCGUCCUCUGUCUCUCUCUAUCUGACUCGCUCUAUCUAUCUGCCUCGCUCUAUCUAUCUAUCUGCCUCGCUCUCUGCCUCUCUCUCUCUCUCUAUCUAUCUAUCUAUCUAUCUAUCUAUCUAUCUAUCUAUCUGCCUCGCUCUCUGCCUCUCUCUAUCUAUCUAUCUGCCUCGCUCUCUGCCUCUCUCUAUCUAUCUGCCUCUCUCUAUCUAUCUGCCUCUCUCUAUCUAUCUAUCUGCCUCGCUCUCUGCCUCUCUCUAUCUAUCUAUCUGCCUCGUCCUCUGUCUCUCUCUAUCUGACUCGCUCUAUCUAUCUAUCUGCCUCGCUCUCUGCCUCUCUCUCUCUCUCUAUCUAUCUAUCUAUCUGCCUCGCUCUCUGCCUCUCUCUAUCUAUCUAUCUGCCUCGCUCUCUGCCUCUCUCUAUCUAUCUAUCUAUCUGCCUCGCUCUCUGCCUCUCUCUCUCUCUAUCUAUCUAUCUAUCUAUCUAUCUAUCUAUCUAUCUAUCUAUCUAUCUGCCUCGCUCUCUGACUCUCUCUCUAUCUAUCUGCCUCGCUCUCUGCCCUCUCUCUAUCUAUCUAUCUAUCUAUCUAUCUAUCUGCCUCGCUCUUUGCCUCUCUCUAUCUAUCUAUCUAUCUAUCUAUCUAUCUAUCUAUCUAUCUAUCUAUCUAUCUGCCUCGCUCUGCCUCUCUUUAUCUAUCUAUCUAUCUAUCUAUCUAUCUAA